AAUAUAUAAAAUGAAGGUAGUACUAUUUUUCCUAAAAUACCGCACACGGAGAAUUUGAGCAAAUAAUAAAAAAAUGAAUAGAGUAAAUAAAAAGUGGGAUUAUAAAGAUUUCCUAUCGAUUUUCUUAAAAAACAUAAUCAUAGUCGUAAAUCAUUCAACAAAUUCGCAAGUCAAACUAUAUAUAUUUAUGUUGACUCCUACGUAUAUAUUUCUCUGUCCUCAUUCCUCAACACCCAAAAAACAAACAAUUACGGAGUAUAAAACAAAUCUAUCUCCGCCUCCUCACCAAUCACAAUCACAAUCACAAUCACCUCCCCUCAGGCCCCAUUCCUCCACCACUUCCAAUUCCCCUUAAAUUACUUCUCCAAGCCGUCGCAUAUCCGCCUGAAUUUCUCCGCUGCUUUAAUUCCUCCGACGCCUAAAUCAUCCCUCCUUCAUCGAGAUCUCCGUCGCCAGAUCUCCGCAAUCGGCACCGCUCCAUGAUUGGCUCUUAAAAUCUUCCAAAAAGGGAAAAUCUUGAUGGUGCGAAAUAGAGAAGAAAGGGAGGAUUUAGAGAAGUUUUCAUCACCAGUGAUUGAUAAUAACAGUAAUAAGGAUUCCCAACAUUAUUAUCAUCAAUCUAAUUCAAAUAUGAAAGAUACAUCAUUCAAAAUCAUGAGGCUUGUACUAUGUUUAGUGGUAUUUGUUACGGGUAUAGUUAUAGGAUUAAUUUCAGGCUCUCAUAUUGAUGUUGUUGAUGACUGGUAUAUAAAUUCUCGGCACAGCCGCCUCGCUGUCGCUGCCGCGCCACAGAAUAACAUUAGUAGUAGUAGUAGUGUUAGUAGUAGUAACUGCACAAUUGUUGACAAACAGCCGAAAAUUGAUUGUUCGAGUUUGGAGAAUUUGGUGCAUCCUAAAGAGUUGAUUCAUGGUUUAAGUGAUCGGGAAUUGUUUUGGAGGUCAUCAAUGGUGCCUCGAAUUCAAGGGUACCCUUUUAAAAGAGUACCUAAAGUGGCGUUCAUGUUCUUGACAAGGGGUCCUUUGCCAUUGUUGCCUUUGUGGGAGAGGUUUUUUGAAGGGCAUGAAGAUUUUUUUUCUAUUUACGUUCAUACUUUGCCUGGGUUUAUACUUAAUGUUUCGCCCUAUUCCGUCUUCUUCGGCCGCCAAAUUCCUAGUCAGAAAGUUUCCUGGGGUGAUAUAUCUCUGGCAGAUGCUGAGAAGAGGCUUUUAGCCAAUGCUCUCCUUGACUUUUCAAAUGAACGAUUUGUGCUUAUUUCUGAGAGCUGCAUCCCAGUCUACAAUUUCCAAACAGUGUACAAAUACCUUAUAGAAUCUGUUCACAGUUUUGUGGAGUCCUAUGAUGAUCCCUCACGUUAUGGUCGUGGUCGUUACAGCCGGAGAAUGGGACCCAAUAUUAGGCUCCAUCAAUGGAGAAAAGGAUCUCAGUGGUUUGAAGUCAAGCGAGCUUUGGCUAUUGAAAUUAUAUCUGAUUACAGGUACUAUGAUCUUUUCAGAAGAUACUGCCAUCCAUCUUGCUACCCUGAUGAACACUAUAUUCCUACUUACCUCAACAUAUUCCAUCCAUACCUCAACGCUAAUCGUACUGUGACGUGGGUGGAUUGGUCUUUGGGAGGGCCUCAUCCGGCGAGUUUUGGUAGAGAAAAUAUUACAGAAGGUUUCAUACAGAAUAUCAGAAAUAAUGGGACAGAAUGUUGGUAUAAUUCUCUGAGAACACCUAUUUGUUACCUGUUUGCUCGAAAGUUUCGUCCAAGCGCUCUGGAGCCCUUGCUAAACAUAAGCUCUAAGGUUAUGGGAUUUUGACAUUUUUCAUUGACUCAACUGGAAUGGAGCCUCAUCCAAAGAGUUUUGGUCUGGAUGCUGGUUGGAUCAGAUUACUUUAGUAAGUGCUGGUCAGCUCUUUCCUUUUUCUCUUUUUUCUUUUGUACAGAAAAUUUUGAUUGAUUUAGGUACGCAUUGGAAAGAAAACAAUCACGGGAAUCUCUAUAGUUCUACUCCAGUAAUUUAUUUGCAUAAAAUUUAAAGAAGUAAAUUGGCCAUAUCCCUUCACUUAAAGUAAUACAAGUAUUUAAUUAUUUUUGUA